AUGGCGCAAAAAGAUCCUCGCGGCGUAGCUCAAGACGAACAUCAAAGCUUCAUUGAGUGGUGUAUACGCACCGCUGUAUUUGUGGUGUUCUAUGCUGGCCAGUCAGUAAUGAUAAAUCUAUCCCAAUUCCUUGGUCUCUUGCUGUAUCCCUUCUCUAAGGCUCUUUAUCAUGAUUACAUUCAACAAACACAAAAAUGCUUUGGGGUACUUCUUGUUGCUAUUACACAAUUUUUUGCGCCAAGCGUGUUUGUUGUUACAACAGAUGAAUCCGCAAAAGACGUCGUUAAGAAAGAUUGGAAAAAUAAUGGACAGUUGUUCUUAGACAUGCCCGAAAGAAUUAUUUUGAUUGCGAAUCAUCAGAUUUACGCAGACUGGAUAUACAUCUGGUGUUUCGCAUACUUCGCAAAUGCGCAUGAUGCUAUCAAAAUUAUUCUAAAGCAAUCACUGAAAUGGUUGCCAAUAUUCGGAUG